UGGCUCAGGAGCGCGGGGGGCUCUCCGCGCGCAGCACACGGAGGCGCAGGGGCGCUGCACUGCCGGCGGGGGCCCGCAAGGCAUGCUCGCGACGCGCUCCGCCGGCCGCGGCGGCCCCCAGGACGCAUGCGCCGCGGCUGCUGGCGGAGUCGGCGGCGAGCGAGGGGGGGAAGUGCGAAGGAGAAGGCCUUCUCAGAAGGCCCGGCAGCGCGGACGCUCCUGAUGUUCAAUCUGUUGAUGCUGCAGGUGUUCAUGAGCGAAGAACAGGCGAUGCCGCGCCGUGCGUCGGCCACGCUGCAGCCUGCGCCGGCGACGGCAGAGCCCACGCUGGCUGCCAGCACGAGCGGCACUCUGUCGGCGCAGGCGCCGGUGCCCGAGGCACGCAAGCCCGCAGCGGGAAGGCGUGCGGCAUCCAACGCGAGCGGCCGAGCGUUGGCAACGUCUCCAUGGACCUACACAUUCAACGAGUUGUCGGAGGGAUCUCUCAAUGGCCAAGACAGCUGGUGGGUACCUAUCCACUCUAUCGCCGGCGCGUCCAUGGUCAUGAAGGUAGCGACGUUCGGUUAUGACUCCAGUCUAUGUGCGCAGUACCCCUAUACAGGAGCUGGCGUCCAGAAUUACUUUUACCGGAGGUUUCAAACAGGCGAGCCUCUUCCAAUUUCAGCAGGCAUCGACAAGUUGACACUCGAGUACGAUUGGAGGACACCAGAUUGGGGAGGACAUUUCGGACUGGGGAUGAUGGAGAGCGACACCUCUGCUGCUACGACGUGCGUGCAAGUCUCAAUCACAAAAUCUCUUGACAUGAACUUGUGGCUUUCAACCGACCCCAGCGCUUCGCCCUCGGUAAGAAUUACUCCAUACUGGGUGCGUAUUCGUUUGGAGGUGUCGUGGCUGUUGGGUCCAAGCGAAGGGCUCGGGACACUUCAAUACAUGGUCCUGGGCCAAGACGACGCGUGGCAAGCAAUGGAUGGUAUCACGAAUUUUCCCAUGACUUUCAGUAUGACGAGCAAUGGUUGUGACAACCCAUACUUAUGGAAUGCGCUCAGCGGUCGCUUUGUGGCUUCGCCUGGCGGCCUGGACAAUAUUCAGUUGGAGUGGGUGAUGGUGCGCACCGCGGAGG